AUGGAGGUUGCCGGCAACAGCACCCUCGGCUUCAGUUCCAUCCAGUUCAUCAACAUACGGAGCCGGUACGACCGCCUCGAUGCCGUCUCCCUGCAAAUCCAUCUCUCCGGCUUGGACAUUACCGAGUCUCUAGGCGUCAAGGCGGCCGACAUUCAGGAUAUUGGCAUGCCACCGACUCACAUGCCGGGGUAUGUAAGAGAAAAGGAAAAGGGAUGCUUUCGGGCCCACGCCAACAUCUGGUCCGCGAGGCUGAGGAAGAACCUGCCCGCGGCCCUUAUUGUCGAGUCUGAUGCAACCUGGGACGUGAAUGUCCGCGACAUCAUGGCCAGCUUCAACCACGCGGAACGAGAAACAAGGCUUCGCGGGAAGGAGCAGAAGAAGGGCAUAGAGUACGACCCUAAAGACCCAUGGCUCAGUCAGCACUGGGACGUCCUCUCCCUCGGCCACUGCUUCGAGCUGCCACAGGAUAAUGACGUCUAUCUCGCCUUUCCAGACGCUCACGUCCCCCCGGCAUGGACUACUGGGGUCUUGGCUUGGGCCACGAGAGAGUGCCAAACUGGCGCGGCGAAGCUCCUGCUGAGAUCGGCGGUUAAUCUUGACGACUCGGUGGACAUGAUUAUGAGGCUCAUGAUCCUCGCCGGCGACCUUGUGGCCUACAGCACACCCCCCCCCCAUCAUGGCCCGGUGGCAGCAAUCGACGAGGAUGCGCAGAUAGAGGGAGUCACUGAGCUCUUGACAAGAUUUGAGGCCUCGGAGCUCCUCCUUAUCGAGUGGGAGACCAGCUUAUUGCAAAGCCUGGGCGUCCCCCUCGUAUCGACUGGGGACCUGUUUUUCCUUAUCCCAGACAAUCAGCUGCAGACAGCCCAUGAUAUCGGCGCUAGAUUAGGCUUCUGUCCCGCCGACAAGCAGCAGUUACCCCCCGUCUACCCAUCUGAGUUUUCUGGCCGUGGCAUUCGCUACAUCAUCGAUGACUCUGACGACGAAUCACCCGCAAUUGCGUAUCGGCUUUUUGAUAUGAGCUACGAAGGGGAUUAUGUAGAGCUCCCGUCUAACGACGAGCCACUUUCGGACAAGGAGCUGGAGGAAAUGGAAAAGGCGCUGGAGGAAAUUAGAAGCUGGGUCUGGAGGAACGAUGAGGAGUGGAUGGGGGAGGCACUGCUUCAAGUCGUGGCAGGCAAGGCUCGAUACGACGAUCUGCCGCACAGCUGA